UUCAAAUUACCAACACCAAAGUCUGCUGGCAGCUGCAGUCGAGAUGAUACUGCCACUGCGAAAUUCAAGACGCCUACCACACCAGUUUCUAAAGGUAGCAUUGGCUUUGUGAAUGCAGCUAUCAUGAGCACUCACCAACAGGAAAAAAUGCUGGAAGAGAUAGCUGGGGCUGCAGAAAUAAUACUGACACUCCUUUACCAUGAUGGCUCAUCCCAGCUCCGGGAGAAGAUUGGUGUUGGAGACGAAAAAACAGUGUGUGUCCACACUGAUGGCCGCUGCUUCAACCAAGCUGUGCUUUGAUGCACAGGAGCUGAUGUAUACAGUGAUCACAGAGCUUGGCUGUGACCAGAGACAAGCUGUUCUAAAGUGGUCUGUUUACGACCCACGAAUAGGAGCGUGGCUGCUAGACCCUGAUGAACCACAGGAAACUUUCUCAGCUACAGCUGAGGUGCUAGGAGUAAAAAUGAGCAAGUUUGACAUGAUGUCGUCAGAUGAGUUGUUAAAACAGGAUAUGAUUGCACUCACGCAGGUCGUCAAAGUUUUGUCUGAAAAGCUGAAGCAACAGAGUCUCUGGGAUCUAUUUACCCUUGUGGAAAUGAAGCUUUGCCCUAUUCUAGCCAUCAUGGAUCGCAGGGGAAUAAAGAUGGACACUAAUCACCUGUCCAUAGCAUCUGCGACUCUCCAACGAGGAAUAUCUGACGUGGAGAAGGCAGUUCAUAGCGCAGCAGGGCACAGUUUCUUGAUCAGUAGUCACGUUCAACUGAGGCAGGUUAUAUUUGAUGAGCUAAAGUUGGAUGAACAGCUCAUUACAAAGAAAGCUUUGAAGAUGACAGCAGUGGGAAACCUGAAGUCUACAUCUGAGUCUGUGUUGCAGCAGCUUGCUGAUCUCCACCCAUUACCACGAUUAGUGCUGGAGCAUCGACGCCUAAGCAAGAUGAAGUCCACAUACGUCGACGGCCUACUGACACAUGUCAAAGAUGGCUACCUGCACACUAACUGGGAGCAUACAUCAGCAGCCACUGGGAGAUUGACAUCUGCCAAUCCCAACAUCCAGUCUGUGCCGAAGGAACCGCUCGUAUUCACGAAUCCUGGCCAAGGAUGUGAUGCCUCACGAGAGGUGACGAUGAUGGCCAGAGACGCGUUCGUCAGCCACGAAGGCUACUCCUUCCUUGCUGCAGAUUUUCAGCAGGUGGAGUUACGAUUGCUGGCCCAUCUGUGUGCUGAUCCUGUCUUGCUGGGUUUGUUUGACUCAUCAAAAUUCAACCAGGAUAUCUUCAUCCAGCUAACAUCACAAUGGCUUGGGACCCCAGAGAGCCAGGUGACCUACAGUGAUAGGGAAAGAACAAAACGUGUUGUCUACUCUGUCAUGUACGGAAUUGGGAAAGACAGGCUGGCCGGCUACCUGAACAUGGGCGUGGAAGAGGCCAAGGCAAUCACAAACAGCUUUUUAGGAAAGUUCAGAGGUGUUGGCCAAUUCACUCAGAAGUGUGUGAAGCAGUGCAGGUUACACGGAUAUGUAACAACCAUCUUCAACAGAAGGCGCAUAAUACGUCACAUUAGAUCCAACAAUUACUUGCAGAGACUGCAGGCCGAGAGACAAGCUAUGAACUUUGCUGUUCAAGGCUCAGCAGCUGAUAUCUGCAAGACGGCCAUGAUAGCAGUAGAGAAGGCGCUGUGUGACAGACCAGAGCUCCGUGCCUCGAUGCUUGUGCAGAUUCACGAUGAGUUGCUACUGGAGGUAGCAGACGAUCACCUAGCUAGUGUUGCAGGUCUCGUAAGUGGCUGCAUGCAGGAUAUAUCGGCCCUGUGUGGAAGUAUGGUCACGCUUACUGUUCCUCUUCCCGUUUCCUUGAGCACGGGCAAGACUUGGGGACAUAUGGAUGCCUACACCCCAUAAAGACUACGAGACAACGUGGCACUGGAACGUGUUACCACCUAGCUCUCUGUGAAACAUAAUUGCGAUUGUACCGUACACUUAUUACUACGUUCCGUUGCGUGAAGAUUGCUCAACAAUGUUAUGCCAUGAAAAACAACAAAAUACCCCCAAAAUCUAGAGACAUAUAUAUCGGACUGCCACGUGCACACCCAUCUAUUCUCCGUAACGUAUUUAGAGACCAUGGAUCAGGAACAGAUGCGGUCGCAAAACGGCGUGGCGCACGUGCAUGCAGACAUCGGGAAUCUACGCGGUUAUCUCACAAAUGUUAUGAGGUGUUACCAGUUUUGACAUCAACGAAUAUUAACAGUUACCGCUAUUCUAA